CUUUGGGCUAAAAGUAUUAUAGAAGGCAAAAGCUUUAAUAAUUAAAAAGAAACAAAAAAUUACUUUUUUAAUUUUUGAUACAACUAAUUAAAAUUUCUUAAAACUUUGUCGCCGAAGCGUAAAGGAAAAAUCUUUAAAUCUUUUUUUGAUGUACGAAGAGAGGAGGCACGAUUCAUCAUCCAAAGCAGUUGCGUUGUUCGGCGAUCACCAAGCAAAUCUUUCGACUCAAGACAUCGAUUCGUAAAAUUUCAUUUUGCCUUUACAAUUUACAAACUUCUAUGCGGAGGAACCCUAACUGAUCCGCCAUGGGAGAUUCCGUUUCGGUUCAUCAAUCUCUUGGUGGUGGCUCAGUUGCUGAUUUGCUGUUAUGGAGAAACCGGACUGGUGCAGUGAUUUUGUUAUUUGCUUCUACUGGGUUUUGGUUCUUAUUCGAGAGAGCUGGAUACAAUCUCUUGUCUUUCGUCUCCAAUGUUCUGCUUCUUCUUGUUGCGAUCCUCUUCUUGUGGGCUAAAUCUGCUACAGUACUCAACCGACCCUUGCCUCCAGUUCCGAAUAUGGAAAUCCCUGAGGAGUUUGCGAUCAAGGCUGCUGAUGAUCUUCGGCUUUGGAUCAAUUAUGUACUAUCAAUUGCAAGUGAUAUCACCAUAGCUAGAAGUCCGAUUCGUCUCCUUCAGGUUUCAUUUGUCUUGUUGGUUAUCUCCUAUGUUGGGACUUUAAUCAACUCUCUCACUCUUGUCUACAUUGGAGUUCUGCUCAGCCUUUCUUUUCCUAUAGUGUAUGAGACAUACCAAGACCACAUUGAUGAUAAACUGAAUUCGACUUCUAAAUUCGUUCGAAGUGUCUCAAGAAAGUUUCCAAUGCCCGUAAGCAAAGAGAAAAAACAUCAGUAGGUACUAGAGUGUAA